AAGAUAGAACGAGAACAAGUUCAUCGACUUGCUUCAAAUUUUCAGAUUCUUCUCGAUUGAUUGUCCGGGAAAAUAGCAGUUUUCUCGGUGAAUUUUCUUAUCAUGAACUGCGUCUCUGCGUUCAAGUUCGUACCAUCCGGUGUUCUAUUACCAUGUGCACAAGCAAACCUUCACAUUUCGAGCUCGAAUGCCUCGUUUACGCACAGAUGGCGUAGUUUCGCUUCUUCUUCCCCAAUUCGAAGGAAGACCCUAACCCUAGUUUCUGCGAAAUCUUCGGAAGCGGAGGAGAUAUCCGAUACGGAGGACGAGUGGCUGAAGAAGCUACCGGAGAAGAACAAGCCACUGUAUUCGCAUAGCUUGCCGUGCAUCGAGGCGUGGCUGAGGAAGUUAGGGUUUUACCAGAGCAAAGACGAUAGAGCUGUUUGGUUGAUUCAGAAACCUGAUUGGCACGCUCAGUUAUCUCUUGACGUCACAGAUCUCUGCAUAAGGUACUUGAAAAGCGGGCCGGGAAAUCUAGAGAGAGACAUGGAAAGAAGGUUUAGCUAUGCAUUGAGCAGAGAAGAUACUGAGAACGCCAUACUCGGAGGACCUUGACGAAUAAAGAGUUCGUUGAACAUCUUUCUUCUUAAACCUAUACUUAUGUUACUCCAUUAGUUUUUAUGCUGAUGAAUUUGCUUCUUUGAUAAAUAAAAGAAAUAAAAUUAAAACUUUUUUUUA